AAUUAUGCACCCAAUUAGGGAGGAAUUUUGCGUUUCACCAUUAAAAAGCAAUAUUAGAGUUUGUCUGAAGAAGCCUUUAACUCUCGCUAUUUGAUAUGAUUGCUCGGUCGUAUUUAGAAAGAUGGGGUGUUAGAAAGGGAUGGGUGGUUUCUUUGCAAAUUACCAAUAAAAUAUUUAUGGAGCCAAGCAAAUUGCUUUCUAAACCUUUGAUUAUAGAUCAGAGGUUGCAGGGUUACCGGGGCAACACACUUAGAUUACACAUGUCAUCAUUAUCUAGUGUGCUCUGGUUUUGCUGUUACACAAUAUGAGAGGCAAGGUUGACUAGAGUGUCCGACAGUAGAUUGUAUUGCAUUCCCCUUUAGCCCCCAGGCACACACAUGACCAGGCACACACAUGACCACAGCUGCUUGAUACUAGUUGCAUGCUAUAGAUACAGCUAGGCCAGUUAUCAUGCUAUGGGAUAGUGCAAGAGCUCUUUUUGCAUGAAGCUGGCUAAUUAUACUGAAGCUAGGAUUGUAGUGGAAGGAAAUGACCUGGGACGAAUAUGAAGCAGAUGUAAGUCAUGUCAAGAGCAAACUUCUCUUCUUACAUAAUUCCAAAGCAGAGAAUAAAUCAGUGAAUUUCCACGAUGUAGUAGACGAGGAUGAUCGUUCAAUGGAGAAUCGUUUCUCCCUCGUAUAUAUCGGCUGGCUCAUCGACUCUGCUCUAUUCAGAGUAGCCAUGCUCAUUGCUAUCUUCCUCAACUGUGUCGUCAUUGGCGUGCAGACUGACAGAUAUCUGGAGGAGAAUUUCAGUGCCGUGUUUAUUGCUCUGGACAAGUUCUUCCUCACCGUCUUUACCCUCGAGAUAUUAAUCAAGUGGUACCAUGAUUUCAUUGGCUUCUGGAAAGUUGCUUGGAACUUAUUUGACUUUGUCAUCGUCUCUUUCUCCCUCAUCGGGCCCAGGCUCACAUUCCUGAGUGGCACUCGCUUGCUCACCAUCCUCCGUGUACUCCGAGCCCUCCGCUCCCUACGCAGUAUCAGUGCCCUGAGGGGACUCCGAGUGGUCGUACAGACGGUCAUAUACUCCCUCCCGGACAUGGCCAAUAUCGUAGCCCUGUUACUCAUCUUCAUGUUCUUAUUUGCCAUCCUAGGGCAGUCUUUCUUUGGAGAUAACUGUAAAAGGAAUUUCGGUUCUCUAGGAACAACCAUGUUCUCACUGUUUGUGUGUGUGACCCAGGACGGUUGGGUGAACAUAUUCAGGGAACUGAAUGCUUGCGGCAACGCUGUCCUGGGGGCUAUCUAUCUCCUUAUCUUCAUCACUAUAGGAGCUUUUGUGUUUGCUAACCUCGUAGUCGCAGUAGUCGUCACUAACCUGGAGUGGUCCAUAGCCGAGCAGAGGAAGCUGGAGGCCAAACCUCCCGUGACCCCACCCUCCAAGAUAGAGACCGUGGACCCGGAGGACUGCAAGCUGACCAGAGAACAGGAAUCUCUCCAAUUACCUCAAAUGAAUGGGCUCAAGUUAGAGAAACUGGAGAACUAUUUUCUCGUUCUGUCAGCUCAAGAGGACAACCUGUCAGAGUUUACGAGACUGCAGCAGCAGAUCAUUGAGAUUCAUCAGGAGGUCAAGGCCUUGACAAUACUUGCCGAUGAUGCGAGUGAUGAUGAGCUCAGUGGUAUGGCUAGUCACGCCUCUUCAUCCUCACCACCGCCCACACACACCCGCAGACGACGAUUCAACAGUUUGAUGCCUGGCGAUGCUAUCUCUGACCUGAUCUUGAUGAACCGUGCGAACCCUGUGGCCUCGUCACACAAUCGAUCCCUCCGUCAGAUGAUCUCCACUUUAGCCACUGCCGAGGCACGACGCAACACCCACUCACAACCCCACAACGCCCACUCAUUGUCCUCCUCCAUCAUACAGGCAAACGCCCACUCUAGUGACAGGUCACUGAGACCAGAGUCAAAUUGAUUGUGUGUAUAAAACGUCCAUAUAUUCCUUGCCAUCAAAAUAUUAUUAUUUAUCUUAUAAUCAUAUUAUUCAAAUUAAUUCAUCAGACUAUCUAUCAAUUAAAUAUCACUUAUUAAUUAUUAUCAGUUUCUGUAAU